GUUGGCUUCUGUGACCAAAUACCGUACCUGACAAACAAUACUAUCUAUACCAACAUCAUUGGGCAUAGUACAGUGGACGAAGCCUGGUACAAGACCGUGGUCAAAGCAGUCGACCUGGAGACCGACUUGAACAAGCUUCUGCGCGGGGACCUUACACCUGUUGGAAGCAACGGCGAUGCACUGAGCACGGGUCAGAAGCAACGAGUUGCCCUGGCUCGAGCAGUGUAUGCACGGAAGCCACUGAUUGUGUUGGACGAUGUGUUCAGUGGUAUGGAC